CAACGAUAUUCGUGUUGCGAUACACACGGAGUCCGGCGUUCAGUGUUUAUUUUAGUGCAAAUAAAUUCAGUACAGUGUAAAUACUAGUGGCUUUAAAGUUUCCAAACAUUUUUCUUUUUAGUUUCAUCAAUUUUUCGUAAGUCUCUUUCGUUUGUGUAAAAAAAACUCAAGCGUCGGGUGUUAGAAUAACAUAGCAUCGAUAACAAAUGUGCGGGAUAUAUUUUAUAAUCUACGAAACGUGUGCAAUUGCAAAAUAAACCAUGUGAAUAGCAUUGGCUGUAUACUCUGUUUAUGAAAUCUGUCAAUUAGAAUUGAUUUUUCGUUUCGAAAGAGCACAUGGAACAGCAAUAAAAAAUAAAUAAAUCGUAACAGCAAUUUAACAACCAACCCAGCUCCAUCAAAAACCAUCCUUCGUUCGAUCAUCAUUUUUUAUUCAUCGAAUUUCGACUAAAAGUGAAAUAAAAAAAGUUUUUUUUUGUUCGUUCGUUUUCAAAAAAAGGAACUCCUACAUCUAUACUUCAACUGUGUGACGUAUGACUAAAGAAGAAAAAUUAUUAAUGAAAUUUGACCGAUCACGAUGAAUCGCGUUUAUAUACCGACAUCGCGAGUGUUGUUGCCUCUCCGCUAAAGUUACACGGUGGGAAUAUAAUAUAAAAUAAAGACACGAAGAGUUGGCUCAUUUAGUCGACAAACUGGUUCCGUGCGGUGAAUUACUAUAUUUUCCAAUGUGAAUUAAUAUUUCUGUGAUAAUUCGUAUUUCGUUGUAAUUGAUAACAGUUUUUUCUUUAAAAAAAAUAGUAAAUUCCUCCUUCGUACUUGUUAAAAUUGUAAAUGUGUGAAUUGUGAGAGUGACUAUUUUCGGCAAAAACGUUUUCGAUUUUCGUCUGUGUGAAUGCAUAAUUUAUCGGUUUGACAUCACGUUAGAGGCUGAGAUUUAAUCGAAUAUUUUUGUUGAUCAAAUUAUGAAGGAUACCCACGGAUUAAAGGACAUGAUUUACAAAGAAGUUGUUAUUAUCGGUAAUGGUCCCAGCGGCAUUACAUUAUCUUACAUGCUAUCGGGCAAUUGGCCAUAUUGGGAUCCGGAAAAGAUAACAUAUCAUCCGGACGAACUGCUAAGGGCUCGACUCAGCUAUGCUGACCAUACAAAGAGUCUUGUGGAACAAGAGCUGAAAGUAUUGGCCGAUGGAUUAGAAGGGCGUUGUACAAAUCCGGUGUCGUUAUUACUGGAUAGUUUACAGAAUCCAUGUGCCGACCUUGGAAUGGAUCUGCCGUCAAUGUUGCGAUACGAAUAUAAUCCGGAAAAUCAGAUCGAUCAUGUUGUCCUCGGCAAAGGAAAACCGGGAGGUUCAUGGCAUCGUAUGGAUCCCAAUCUAAAAACCUUAUCACUAGCCGCCUGGAUGUCGCUACCGAAUUUCGAUUUCGCAGCAUGGGAAUCUCUGAACAAAGACGAAUCAUUGGACGAAAAUCAUCCGGUCCAUCAGGUUGGAUUGAUCCAACAAGCGUCGAGUAUUAAUAGCAGCAAAAAGUCAAAAAAAUCGUGUACAAAAUGUCAGAAUGUGAGGGAGAAGAGUUUCGGUCGAUUUACGCUGAGUGAUCGUAGUAGCACCGUUUUGCCUAGAAAUAUUAUUAAUAAUAACGAAGUUAGUCCGAGCGUCUGUAAUUGCACCAAUGUUUCACUUAAAUUCAAUUUAACAGACGACAAACGGUUAACGGUAAACGAGGUUAAGUCGAAGGGAACAAAUAGGAAUUCAGUUGCUCAAAGUCGCGGAAGACAGAAGGAGACGCAAUCCAGAGCGUUGGUGUCAAAGGUGGCAAAGUAUUACGAGAACUACGUUACCCGCAUGAAUUUGCAAAAAUAUUUUGUGAAUGAUGUCAUCGUAACGAGUAUCGUGCCAGUACAUUGGAAGGAUCCAAAGUGCAAAGGAGCCAGAUGGAUAGUUAUCGGCAAAAAAGUUUCAUCCGGAAAGACAUUUUCCUACUGUUGCAAGAAUGUGGUACUUGCGAAUGGCGUUUCUGACCUACCCAAUCGACUUGGCUUACGGGCAGAAAAUAUGGAAAUUCCAUGGAUCAAACACGAACUUCCACAACUUGAAAAGUCUUUGGAAGAGUUGACUGCUCAAGAGCGAGCAAAUCUUAAACCAGUGAUAAUAGUCGGAGCCGGUCUAAGCGCCGCCGAUUGUGUGACAAUUUGUAGAUCGUUAAACAUUCCAGUCAUUCAUGUUUAUCGUAACAGGACGGCUGGUCUGGACAAAAUGUUACCCGAAAAAGUGUAUCCUGAGUAUCAUUCGGUGCACAAGAUGAUGAAAGAUAAAAGUGGAACGUACGAUAACUACACCCCGUUGCCCGAACAUACAAUAGUUGAUGUUAGUACACACGGCGAACCUCUGGUAACAGUACAACACUUGAAAACUGGCGAAACACGUCAGAUCGAAGUUUCAUUCUGUACCGUCCUAAUUGGAUCUCGUCCCGAUCUUCGACUGCUGUCCAACAUAUCAAUGCAAAGCAGCUGUGAAACGUAUUGUGAUGAUUAUCCGUUGAACGAUAGUGGAAAGUUGGCGGCCCGACAAAUCAAUUGGCUGAAGAAUAUAAGUGAAAAGUGUCGUCACUUGAAUCUGUGCCAAUGGGGACGACAAAAGGAGUACAAAAGUGUAUGCGGUCAAAACACAGUGAAAAAGUGGACAAAUUUUGCUCAAUUUGAGAAUAAUAAUGGUUCGACGAUCAAACAAACGAAUUUGUUGAGCGAGAAAACAAUGGGUCUUGGGGAAGAUCCAACCAAGCCGGUCAAUUGCAAAUCGAAUCCCAUUUACAUCAAUAAAUUUACCAACGAAGCCGUGCGUGCACCGAAGGGACUUUAUUGUGUCGGACCAUUAGUUGGAGAUAAUUUUGUGCGAUUCAUACCGGGCGGUGCCCUGGCAAUAACGCACGCAAUUACAGCCGCAAAGUAUCAAGAAAACGAUUGAUGCUGUAAAUGAAUUGUGAAGAAUCUCAUAAUUUCCCGGUUUAAUGGCUGUUUUGCUUUGCUGCCAGAGUAAAAUCUAACAAAAAGUCUUUUAUCAUUCCCUUCUCAAACUAACGAAAUGAUGGAAUGUGUGUCACUACGUGAACGGAAUAACUAGGAAAAACAUCUUGUUACUGUGAAUUUAUUUAAAAAAAAAGUUUUCUGUUCAAUUUUGUAAGUUUUCGGAGUUCAAAAAAGAUAAUCAAAACCAGAUCAAAGUUUCCAAGUUUUUGCAAGAAAAUUCUUGCUGUUUUUUUGAUUCAUUAACUUGAGAAGUUAAAUCAAAUGACGGAAUUGUCACAAAUUUUUAUUGAAAUUCAAAAAUGUUUUUAGUUUAAAUACACAAACCAAAUCCUUAUGAAUAAAAUGGUGCUUUUUGUCAAUAAAGAGAGGAAGAAAAA